CUGGCUGAACAUUUGAUACCACAUCCUCCAUCAUAUAUUCCACCUCCAGCCUGUAACAUUACUCUGAAUAAUUUACAAUCAGAAUAUGAAUAUGCAAGAAAAAAUUGGGUAACACAUACCCUUACGCAUAAAUUACUCGAUAACGUUACUCUGGAUGCAUUACAGUCAAAACAUAAAAAACGAGAUUUUAAUGUAACCUUUGACAUUUUCCAUGAUCCUACUGUGUGGACUGCGCUCGUUCAAAUAGGAACUCUGGCACAAGGUGUCGCCCUAUUAUAUGAUCUUGAAAAUAAGUCCUCUUAUGUCGAGUCUACCAAAUAUCUCAUUAACGUCAAUGAUUUCAAUCUGAAUCAGUCAUAUACUUUCGGAAUGGUGGAUAAUCUUGAUUAUUUACUAGCAGAAGACUUUACAAUAACGGGUGUAUUCGGACUUGGAUACGAAAAAGAUUGCGAUAGUACCAAAUGUACUACCUUUAAUUCAUUCCUAAAGUCAAAGGAGUUUAUACAGAACGGUGGUUUAGUUAUAUUUGGAGGUUACCUUUCUAGUAUGGCUAUCUCAAACAUUAUUUGGUUACCACUAGUAGAUCAAGGGGCAGCUGCUGGUUUUCUAAUUAGUGGUAGACAUUUUUCUGUUUAUGAGUCUUUUCCUGCUGUUCUUAGUAAUUCUAAUGAUCGAAUAGUUUUUAGUGUAGAAUUUGCAAAUAAACUUACAGAACUC